UUCGGACGAGCCAGUUGCCAUCAACCAAUGUGAAAACAAGAACCCGAUUCCCUUAAAAAAUAGUAAAUAUAAUCAAAAUUUCGCUUCUUUUCCCCCGAUUUUCCCCACGGAGGCUCUAUGAAGGCAUCGACGGGGGAGUGAAGCACCAUUCAAGAGGGAAAUCACGAGUCUUGGUGGCGAAAGAGACGAGAAAUAUGGCAAAGUUGAUCGGUGUUUAUGGGGAUGAGGAUCAACUUGGUCUUGGGAGAAGGCAACUUCCCUUAUCUAUUUAUGAUAACAAAAUCAUGAUAAUGCAACUGGGGGGAUCCUGUGAUGCAGAGGUGAGUGGGGGGACAGCAAAGCGACGCUGUGAUGAUUCCUUCAUGAAGCACUAUGGUGCGCUCAGCAAAGACGAGUUGAUUGCUGCGCUUAUGGUCCCUUCAAAACUGCUGUUCACAAGACUGGCACAAACUGUAUCUUGCGUUGGCUGCCGCAGAAGUGUGGAGAGACUCUUCAACCAGUUGAAGGAAUCCGGUCACCCUGCACUGGAGCCUCUUGCGGUGAACUCCAAUGGUGUCUUGACAGUUUUGAGGAAGUAUGCCUUACAGGCUCGGUCCUUAGGAGCUUUAUUUAGUGAUCAUGGGUUGGCACUAAGUGCAGUACUUGACAGUAUUCCAAAACUGAAGAAAUCUGGUCGUUGUAUAUUCCACUCAAUGGAGGGUGUGAGAUGUAGGCCUGGGGGCUGCUCGUGGCGGGAUGCAUGGGAGGUGAUGGAUUCUACGUGUCGAGAUGCUGUCACACUUGUCAGCGCAGAUCAUCUUCUCACCACACUUGACAAUUACCUUCGCAAGCACCGGUUUUGCCAGGAGUGUAAGAACAAAGUACACAGAGCUUUUGAUAUCUUAGUUGGCCAUAUAAGUAUAGAUCCAGCAAAGGAAAAAGGAUACGUGGCAUCCCUUUACUCAGGGAUCCGACGAUGUGAGGCCAAGAGACAUAUUCACGUUCCAGCCGACACUGAUUACGUGACACACCUCAUCAUUCGGGCUGAGCCAGAGCUGCAGGGGAGACGAGAGCGACAUGCCAAAACAUUAGAGAUUGCCCAGGAAGAAGUGCUAACAUGUUUAGGACUGUUUCUAUUUGAGCGGCUCCAGCGAAUCCACACCAGAAUGCGAGAAGAGGAACAGACAUGGGAUAUUUUAUUUCAUGUAGCUGUAGACACUCUUAAGAAAAACUUUGAGUUGGCCGUAGAAGACAAACAGGGUUACUCCAAGUUCGAGAUGCUGUGUGAAGAAUUACAGAAACAGGAACUGAGAGAGAAAGCAAAGAAAGAGAAAAAGAAGAAGAAAAAGAAGAGUAAAAAGAACGACGAGGGGAAAGAGAACGCCUGUCGUUGUGAGGAAGACGAGGGAGGUUGCCGCGAGUGUGAACUUAACAUGUCUUCUGCGUCUUCUUGCUCAAGCCAGCGUGCAAGUCUCAUUAAUGCAACCAACAAAAAGGUUGGCAGUGACAGCUUCUGCCGAGGGGGCUCGCAUUUAGGCCCCCCGCUGGGAAGCCCUCAUUUAAGUAAUUCCCUGGGAAGUAGCCAUAUACCUUCAGAAGGGGCAGGGGUUAUACCAAGAUGCAGCAGUGAAUGCGGUAGUCUUGGCGUCAAUGAUAUAGGUAGUGAAAGAGGCAGCAGCGAAGAAAAGGAGAGUUGUGACUCUAGCCCAGAUCCUUACCGCCAUCAUCAUCAACUCCACCAACACCAAAGUCAUCACCAUUGUCAGCACCGGGACUCCCCUCACCCCUUAGAGUGCACCGCGUCAACAGAUUCAUUAGUUUCUAGAUGCUCACAGGGUUCUCGUGAUGGAGGCUAUUGCUCAGCACAAGGUUCAGGAGGCUCCUCUCGGGACUCCUCAGAGGUGGCAUGUGGGGAAGGUCUGUGUUCGCACCACCAUGAAGACCAUGUAGAUGAUGGGGAACACCAUAAUGGGGAAGAUCAUGUCGAUCACUUUAAUGCCCCACUCUCACCGUCACCUCUGCGGUACUCCCAACCUUUCACCCUGUCCCUGCAACAGAUGCUAGAUGAUUCCCGAUGUGAAGAUGAGGAGAUCCCGGAGGCUGAAGUGCGGGCGUGGCGUGCCCGGCUUGGUGUUGUUAAACAGAAGAGAGCGGAGCUUCGGCAAACCCUGCGACAAAGAUUCCAACAGUUUUGUCACCGUGGAUGUGCAGUCACGUCCACCACUUUGGGGACGAACCAGAGUCAUCAUUGCCAUCAUUAUAUCCACUCCCCACACAGUACUUUAACAGCACACCUCCCAAGUAUAAUAAAACCACGCUAGGUUCAUGUUAGCCAACUCCAGAACAUUACUUUGCUUAGUAUGGUCAAAGUAGGUGUUAUCAUAAAAGGACAGGAGAGUGGUAGUGACCACAUGAAAGAAAUAACUGUUAGCAAGGAAGAUAACUCUUGCACUGUUGCUGGUCUUGCCACCAAAAUUUGAUACUAGUACUGGUCUUUAUGGAGUUUUAUAUUGGUUCAUAGAACAAGUUUCCACCAAAAGCCCAACAAUUAGCAUUUGUUCUAUUGUCAUUUCAAAAUGCAUUAGACAGUUUUUGUACAUGUACAGAGUUGAGUCAUUUGAUGGACUCUUGCAUAGCUAUCAUCACAAUGCGUUCCCAAGUGCUCAGCAGUCUUCUGAAGAGGUGCCUCUGGUAUUGGAAAAGCCAUUUAUUCCAUUUCUUGCUCAAAAGUUAGCUAGUCUUAGUUUAUUAAACUAUUAUUGGUAAGGUGCAGCACCUAUGGUGUGGAUGGUGGUCACCCUAA